AUGGCCCAAGACCUCCCACAGCUCCUGAUUAUUCACCCUCCAUUAUCCUUGACACAUAUUGAAUCUCAGUUGUCCCGAAAGUUCCAUCUCCUCAGAGCAUGGGAGUCAGAAAUCCCUCUAGACCAGUUCUUGACCACCUAUGCACGCUCAGUACAAGCCAUGCUUUCCUCCCCUAUCACUCGAGUCAAUGCAGACCUCCUCCGGCUGCUACCGGCACUCAAACUUGUUGCGACCCCCACUGCUGGGGUCAACAACAUGGACUUAGUCGAGUGCAGGCAGCGUGGAAUUUCAGUGACCCCUUCCGGGAGUGCAUUCUCAGAAGAUGUUGCUGACAUUGCCAUAGGGUUGCUCAUUGAUGUGCAUAGAAAAAUCUCAGCAGCAGAUCGGUAUGUGAGAAAAAGGCUUUGGACUAGCAAAGGAGAAUAUCCUCUUGGUUUCAAGUUAGGAGGCAUUGGGAUUGUUGGAUUCGGAAACAUUGGCUCUGAAGUUGGUAAAAGACUUGAGGCCUGUGGGUGCAUUGUCUCGUACAACUCAAGGAGAAAACAGCAAGCUUUGCCUUACCUCUUCUAUUCCAAUGUUCAUGAACUUGCAGCCAAUACUAAUGCCCUCAUCAUCUGUUGUGCAUUGACAGAUCAAACUCACCACAUGAUCAAGAAGGAAGUCUUAUCUGCAUUGGGAAGAGAGGGAGUGAUUGUUAACGUCGGACAGGGGGCUAUUAUUGAUGAGAAGGAAUUGGUAAGGUGUUUGGUGCAUGGAGAGAUAGGAGGUGCGGGUUUGGAUGUGUUUGAGAAUGAGCCUCAUGUUCCUCAAGAGCUCUUUGCAUUGGACAAUGUUGUUCUGUCUCCCGCCUAA